CCUCACCCUUAUAAAACGUGACAGCCGUCAGAGCUCUGUCCAUCUUUGCUUUCUCUCCAGAGUAGGGACACUUCUUCUAUUGCGGUCCAGCCUCUCAAAUGGCUCAGAAGGUAGUGUUGAAGGUGAUGACCAUGUCCGAUGACAAGACGAAGCAGAAAGCCAUAGAAGCCGCUGCCGAUAUCUACGGAGUGGAUUCAAUAGCAGCGAGUCUGACGGAGCAGAAGCUGACGGUGAUCGGAGAGAUGGACACGGUGGCCGUGGUGAAGAAGCUGAAGAAGGUCGCGAAGGUUGAUAUAAUCUCAGUCGGACCGGCGAAAGAGGAGAAGAAGGAAGAGAAGAAAGAAGAGAAGAAAGACGAAAAGAAAGAGGAGGCAAAGCCAGAGGAGAAGAAAGAGGAAAAAAAAGAGGACGAGAAAAAAGCAGCGUAAACGUGCAAAAUUCCAAAAUGCUUUUUCCAUAUGAACGUUCUUUUGGUAACCUUUCCAACCCUAGAAAGGAAAGGAGGAACGUCAAGAACAAUGUGCUUCCCAGUAGCUACAGUAAUAGCUACCCUUCUGUUUUGUGUUUCCUAAGGUUUCUAUCUUUUAAAAUCAUUUUCUUUUGGUAUCUAAAUGAGUAAACAGUAAAUCCAGAUAUAUAAAGUUGUUAUCCUCGCUUUGGGUUUUCUCA